UUGUAUAGUGAAUAUUGUGAAAUCAGAGUUUUAUACGACAAUUUAACAAAAACAGAUGUUAAACUAAGUGAUCGAAUCAAGUCGUAUAUCUCAAGCAAGAAAGACUAUGUUCCAAUAUCAACAGUAAAUGAUAAUUCAGAUAGUUUAUAUGAUAAUAAUGAUGAAGAAGUUGAAUUAGUGCACAAAAAUCAGAAGAAAGAUGAAUAUGUACGAUCCGAUCACCUCUGGUCUUAUUUACUGAAUAUCAAUCCAAAUUCAACACCAAAUAUGAAAAAAAUUAUAUGUUAUAUAUUUUCGAUUCCUUGUACAAAUGCAUAUGUAGAAACAAUUUUUAGUCAUAUGAAACAUGCAUGGUCCGAUUAUCGGAAUCGUAUGGAUAUCGAAUUAGUUGAUGCUGAGCUGAAAAUACGAAUGAAUUCUGAUUAUCCUUGUGCAUAUAUGUGUAAAUAUCUUUUAUCUCAACCUGAUAUAUUGAACAAAAUUCGAACAAAUGAAAAAUAUCAACAAAAGAAACGUCGUAAUAUUGAAUGA